AUGGGGUACUCAUUCCAUGAGAUUCGAUUAUUCUUGGGGGAGACGGAGCCCGUUAUGGCUCAACCUAAUCGACCUCCACCCAGUACCGGCCAAAAAAUGCUCGAAUUUAUUCUUGACAGGGAAACAUAUGGUUUGCAGAACCGUCUACUCGGAAAUCUAAACCUUCUCGACUAUAUGAAUCUAAGACAUCAGACGCAGCGAAUCCUGCAUUCGCUCGACCCUAUCGUGCUGCAGACACAAAACCUCCACAAUCCCCCGGCCCCCAACCGCAAGGAUCCCAACGACUUCCUCCAACUGAAACUCGGAGCACAGUGUGACGACAUGCGCAAAAUCUACAACGUCCCGGCGGCGCAGCAGCGGAUCCCUUGCCCCAACGGGCCCACCACACGGGUCACCAUGCGACCCUGCAGGCAAACGGAUCCGCAAUCGCACCCGCCGUUCCCCACCCGGUGCUUCAACGUGUGCAACGACUGCCUCCACAGCUGGAGCAACUACUACCACCGCAAGAUCACCAACGGGCUCCCGAGCCGGCGAUCGAUCCUCUGCAAACGCUGCAGCCUCCGCCUGAGACGGCAGCACCGGCCCGGCCACUCCGCCUGCACGUGCCGGCGGGCCAUCUUCGCCGACGCCAAAUGCCACACCUGCCGCCUCGAGACCGAACUCGCCACCUACGCCACCGGCGACGCCCGCCGCCGCACGCUCGAACGCACGCACGUGAGGCGCGCGGGGACGGGCGGGCGGCGCCGGCGCGUGCUGCACGUCGACCACCGUCCGGGCACGGUCAGGGCCAGGGCCGCCGUCGCUCCGCCUCCAGUGCCGUACGUCUACCCCGUGCGGUAUUCCGACAUCAGCCUGUGGUGCCACCUUUUCCAAGGCGUUAGUUCGUCCAGACAGGAAAACGAGGUAGAAGAAGCGUUGCGGAAAGCAGUUCGCGACAUGUCGUUGCAUCACGAGCAGCGCUUUGAACCGAUGGGCAUGGGGGAAAGGGUGUAUGAAUCCGACCAUCCAGGGGGCCAGGAUGAAAGUACAGAUCUAUAUAUCUGGCCGGAGGCAAACAUGACCUGGGAUAUGUGUAGUAAUGUGCUGAUCGGAGUGAAGAAUGUCGCGCAGACGUACGCGGGGUGGGAUUUCGAGUUUGAUGUUCUGGUUGAUGGGACGGAGGGAACGGUGGGAGGGGGUUGGUUGUGGACGCAGUGA